AGGAGGAGGGCAGGGUGAGCGCCUGAGGGAGAGAAUGGAAGAGUCACAGAAAAGAGGGAGGGCUCAGACUCAGGCAGAGCGCACACACCCUCUCCUCAACCUUCAGUCUGGUUUAGGCGUGCUAGAAGGCAGCAUGUGUGGGUAUGCGCUGUAAGUAUGUGUGUGUGUGUGUGUGUAGAGUCAAACAGUGCUGCGCUGGAGUGCAGGAGACGUCUCAUUGACACGAGGAUUCCCCUGUCGGCUCCGGAGGAGGACAUGUGCUGACAGUGUUUGAGCCAACGCGCGGAAUUAACUGUUCAUACACAGGUGUGGAGCACAAGUGGAGGCCAAAGCGACGACGACAGCGACGCGUUUGAAGAUGCGCGGUGAUACCGCGAUGAUGAAGGGACGCUUGUGAGGUGGAGGCUUAACUUCAGUUGAAUCAUGGGAAACGUGGAGAGUCAGAACGGGGACAGUGGUUUCUACGGCGACGUGGCGGGACAGCUCUCCCGCAAGCACACGUCCCGCUCGCUCCGUCUCUCCAACAAGCACCCGAUCACCCGCCGCUCCCGGCACUCCUCCUCCGUGAAGCAGGAACACAGGAACUCUCAAACCUCCACUCGCUCCUCCAGCACGCCGAGCAUCCCGCAGUCGCUCGCGGAGAACGGACUGGAGACUUUCAACGCCACGGAUGCUUUCGGAGAAUUCGGCAUCAACCCUCACUGGACACAGCGCGUGGCCAUGACAAUGAGGCCAGAGUCCUUUCAGCAGGACGACGACCCUUUGGCCACGCCGACCCCUGAAACCUCGGAGGCGGAAACGAUAGCUCAGGACGGAGGAGAGGACUCCAUGGGGGAGGGAGACGCUGGUGGGGAGGAGCGGUACCUGCAGCGAAUGACUGAGGGCCCCAGAGAGGGAGGGAGUUUCAAAAAGAAGCGGUCCAAGUCGGCGGACAUGUGGAGAGAAGACAGCCUGGAGUUUUCUCUGUCCGACCUGAGCCAGGAGCAUCUGACCAGCACGGAGGAGAUCGUUGAUGGAGGAGAAGAAGAGGAGGAGGAGGAGGAGCGGUUCACUCGGCCCGGAGCAGGUUCAGCUGAAAGAGCAUCGUCCCUGGACCAUCUGUGCAGCCAGCAGAGUCCCGGCCUCAGGGGCCAGAGGAGCCGCUACCCUAAAAACAGGAAAGAACCCGACCGCGACGGCGAUGGAGACGGGGAGGAGGGGCUGAUGUCUCCCACCGAGGAGGAUGUCGGAGGCUACGGAGCAUUCACGCUUCCCUGCCGACGUUCCCACUGCCUCUCUGAGGGCCUGGCGGGGCUCGGCAUCCCGGCCGCGCCCCGCCCUGCUUUCCAAGGACGCCGUGCACAGACGACUCAGGAUAUCUCCGGCGUUCUGGGCGAAGGCAGCGAGUACGGCGACAGUGGCAUAGACGGCGUGGCCGCAGAGCUCGACGGCGACGGGGAACUGGUGUCGCGCCGCUGCAAGGCCAUGUCGGCCUCGUUCUCCGUGUACUCGACGGCGGAGAGCAGCGUGUUCAACGGCAGCGACAGCGGGAGCAGCAGCGCAGGAGGAGGAGAAGGACGAGGUGGGGAAGGAGGAAGAGGAGGAGUGUAUGAGAACUUCAGGAAGGAGUUGGACAAUCAAGCCUGGACGCGGGGUCGGGACUGUACGGAGGAGGCGGGCUCGGCUGUGAGCGACGAGCAGAGCAGCGGCACGCUCAGCAGUGCGUAUCCGUCGGACGCUCUGACUGGCUGUGCACAAGGCACAGUGAGGAAAGCUGGAGCUCUGGCUGUGAAGAACUUCCUGGUCCAUAAAAAGAACAAGAAGGUGGAAACAGCAACGAGGCGCAAAUGGAAACACUACUGGGUCUCUCUGAAAGGCUGCACCCUUUUCCUGUAUGACUCAGAUAGUCGCUCGGGCAUCGACCACAACAGCGUUCCGAAACACGCGCUGUGGGUGGAGAACAGCAUCGUGCAGGCCGUACCUGAACACCCCAAGAAAGAUUUCGUCUUCUGCCUCAGCAACUCGGUCGGGGACGCCUUCCUCUUCCAGACGUCGGGCCAGACAGAGCUGGAGAAUUGGAUCACGGCCAUCCACUCCGCGUGCGCCGCUGCUCUCGCUCGGCAGCACCACCGCGAGGACACGGUGCGCCUGCUGCGGACCGAGAUCCGCAAGCUGGAGCAGAAGAUCGACAUGGACGAGAAGAUGAAGAAGAUGGGAGACAUGCAGCUGUCCACCGUCACCGACGGCAAGAAGAGGAAGACCAUACUGGAGCAGAUCUUCUUGUGGGAGCAGAACUUGGAGCAGUUUCACAUGGACCUGUUCCGCUGCCGCUGCUACCUGGCCAGCCUGCAGGGCAGCGAGCCGCCCAACCCCAAACGCCUGCUGGGUUUCGCGUCGCGUCCCACAAAGCUGGCCAUGGGACGACUGGGCAUCUUCUCCGUUUCGUCCUUCCACGCACUGGUGUCGGCUCGCACAGAGAACAACAUCAGGAGGAGAAAUCAGGCCGCGCCUCGGACCUUCAGUAAACGCCGGAGCCGAUUCUCGUCCCUCUGGGGUCUGGACACUGCGUCGAAGAGGAAGAGCAAGGGGCAUCCCUCCAUUAACCAGGUGUUUGUCGAUGGGACAGAGUCCACGAAGAAGCCCCUGGAGCGCAUGUUUGAAGACGCCGUCAGUGAGAAAUCUAAGGAGAGAGGAGAGGGAUCUGUGAAAAGCCCUCCCCAGCAGAACGUGGACAGCUUCGUUUGGGUCCCCGAUUACCUGACUCCCUCCUGGGUGUGUUUGCCAAACAAUCAGCCCGUCCUGGCCGUCAUACAGCCUGGGGACACGGCGCUGGAAGUCCUCAGCUCCAUCUGCAAGACCCACAAAAUAGACCGAUCCGGCCACUACCUGCGUCUGAAAGUGUGCGUUGACACCCAGAUGCUCUACUUUGUUCCCCAACUUGAAGAUGACAUCUCUGAUGUGGUCUAUAAAGAAAUCGAGAUUUGCCCCAAAAUGACCCAGAUGAUCCGGUUUGACAACGCCGAGUCCUGCACCAUCGGAUACGGUUUUUCCGUGGCUGUCAUAGACGAAGAUGGGACGCAGCAGCUUCAUAUUACCGAAGUGAAAGCAGGGGGACUGGCCUCAGCGAAAGGCUUGCGAGCGGGGGACGAGAUCCUGCUGCUGAACGGCAAAGCUGCGUCGACGCUCCAAAUGGACGACAUGAGGGCCGCGUUCGCGAGCCAAGCGCUGACCUUGUGUGUCAGCGCCCUGCCCCGGCUGGACCCUCAGGUGCUGUGUUCCCUUCCGCCUCGACGCUCAGACGGGGAGCAGGACCGCAGCACGGACAUCUACUCCCAGAGCCAAGAGGACAUCCUGGACGAGGUGUCGGGGCUGACGGUGGAGAGUCUCGAUGAGAGCAUGGACGACCGAGCUGCGCUGACACUGCAGAGCCCCGAAGAUCAGGAAGACAAAACCCUCGCAGGGACGGGACAGAAGAGCACGGAGCAGGUCACCGCUAUCUGCCGCAGCCUCCAUGACUUGAACCCCCUGGAGUGCCCCAUGUCGUGCUCCUCGUCGUCGUCCUCGUCCUCCCUGUCGCCGAGCCCCGUGUCGGCCUUCCCGCCCGCGAACGGGACCGCCGCGCAGCGGCAGCUCUCCCACGCGGACAAACUGCGCAAGGUCAUCAACGAGUUGGUGGAGACGGAGAAGACUUACGUCAAAGACCUGAGCUGCCUAAUAGAGUGCUACUUGACACCUUUGCAGAAGGAGAGCUUCCUCACACAGGAUGAGUUGGACGUUUUGUUCGGUAACCUCGGGGAGAUGGUGGAGUUCCAGGUGGAGUUCCUCCGAACGCUGGAAGACGGAAUCCGACUGGUGCCAGAUCUCGACAGGCUGGAGAGGGUGGAGCAGUUUAAGAAAGUGCUGUUCUCUUUGGGCGGCUCGUUUCUCUAUUACGCCGAUCGCUUCAAGAUCUACAGCGCCUUCUGUGCCAGCCACACCAAGGUUCCAAAGGUCCUGGCUAAAGCAAAGACGGAUCCCGAUUUCAAGGCGUUCCUCGCCGAGAGAAACCCCCGACAGCAGCACUCGUCCACUUUAGAGUCUUACCUCAUCAAACCCAUCCAGAGGGUCCUGAAGUACCCGCUGCUGCUGAGGGAGCUCUACUCUCUCACCGACCCGGACAGUGAGGAACAUUACCACCUGGACGUGGCGAUGAAGGCCAUGAACAAGGUUGCCAGUCACAUCAACGAGAUGCAGAAGCUGCACGAGGAGUACGGCGCCGUUUUCGACCAGCUCAUCAACGAACAGACGGCGGACAAAAAAGAGGUGGCUGACCUGUCGAUGGGGGACCUUCUGCUCCACUCUGCUGUGGUUUGGCUCAACCCUCCCGCGUCUUUGUUCAAGAGCAAGAAGGACCCUGAUUUGGCAGCAUUUGUGUUCAAAACCGCAGUUGUGUUUGUCUACAAAGGCUGCUCCAAGCACAGGAAAAAGAUUGGCGGAUCUCACCGCGCGUCUGUGAGUGAUGACAGGGAUCCCUUUCGCUUUCGUCACAUGAUCGCCACGGACUCCCUGCAAGUCCGCGCCCUCGCAAACUCCGAGGGAACUGCAGUGUGUGAGAUAGUUCACACAAGAUCUGAAUCUGAGGGACGACCAGAGAGAACCUUCCAGCUGUGCUGCAAUUCUCCAGAAAGUAAGAAGGACUUCCUGAAAGCGGUCCACUCCAUCCUGAGAGAAAAGCAACGACGGCAGCUUCUCAAAACUGAGUCUCUGCCACCGAACCAGCAGUACGUCCCAUUCGGGGGCAAACGCUUGUGUGCCCUCAAAGGGGCGCGACCCGCCAUGAACAGAGCAGCUUCAGCUCCAUCCAGAACGCUGGCCCGCAGGAAGCUGGUGCGGAACCGCUUCACCAUCGAUACCGACCUGGUCUUCCACGGUAACAACAACAACAACGGCAGCGACUCCGACCCCGCUCACCGGCCGCCGUGCCCGCCGCUCUUCCAGCACGCCCUCCUUCAGUCCCGCAAACCUCAGGGCGAGGACACGGACCGCUGGGUGGAGGAGCAGUUCGACCUGGGCUCCUACGAAAGCCAGGGAGAGGGCAUCGACGUGGGGCAGGUGAAGGAGACGGACAUUUUAAGCGACGACGACGAGUACUGCAAGUCCGUGCGAGCGGCGUCGGCAGAGCCGGGCGACCUGCAGGGAAAGAUCGAAGGGCUCAAUCUACAGGGCGGCGAGACGAGGAGUCACAACCUGAACGGACAGUUAGAGACGAGAAGUGAGAUCAUACGGGGCCUCACGCAGGAUAGUGACGGUUCAGGUUUAGACUCUUUGCCCUCCUGUGGCAUUUCUUUGUCCUGCUGCACAACACAAACUCUGAAGCUUGCCCCCUUGAAGCAGUGCGCCGCGGAGGAGGCCGCAAACAGCGACCGCGACGUCGUCUGGGUGCGGCGGGACGACUUUGCAAACGGGUGCAACAGUGACGUCUUCUGAAAGAGCAGCGGUCGACGAGAUGAAGAUGGAGUGGACGCGAGCUUUAAAUAUUUAUGAGUUGAAGGAGAACCUUUGUAUUAAACCUCAGUCAGUCCUCCACGUGUAGACAACCUUCUUCUUCUUCUUCCCAACCACACCUGCAUCUCCCCGUGAGAGAAAAGUGCUAUCUUGAAACCUAGAACUUCUCAUCCUGGAGCUGCUUAAAGACGUGAACUAUAAACACACACCCACAGAUUUGUGUGUGUGCACAUGAACACAAAGACGCCACACAAAAACGACCAAGCGCGUGUCGUCCACAGAAGCGCAGACACGGAGACUUGCGACGUGUGACUUUUCUGGCCAAAAAAAAAAGAGACACAAAAGACAAAGCUUAUUUUUAACACAGGAAUGUGGGUGUUCUAUUUUUUUCUGACUCAGAAACUGUGUUUGUAUUUUAACACUCAAGGGCUGCGUGUAACUGAACUUUCUCUUCAGGGCGUAACGAACGGCUGUGUCAAAAAAAAAGAAAAAGAAAAGACGGUGAGAUCCGACUUAGCUUUAUUGUGCUUGUUGUCGUUCUAACGUAAUAACAGCAGGCGUGCGACAGAGUGUCGUGUACAUAACGUUUUGACGCUCACUUUUUUGUCUCCUAUAGAAUAUCCCUUUUUAAGAAAAGUAGUUUGGAAACAGAUAGUCUACCAAUUCUUUAUUUAAUUACUGCAUUUUUUUUACUGUCAUUUUCUAAAUGUUUACACCACAUUUAGAAGCCCAGUGUUACAAGCCGCCUCUCGUGUGUGUGUGUGUGUGUUCCAGGUGCCAGAAACCAGCAUUUCCUUCACAUGAAUGUCCUGCCUUUUUACUUUUAUUCCUCCAAAUAAAACUGUAUUUUUUAUCUUAGGUCAUAAAGCCCCAGUUGCCAUACUCUCUCCACGGUCUGUGUCUUUGACAAUUAGCAUAUUUCCUGACAACAAAUCCUGUUUUACUUGAAUUUUCUGUGUUAAUAUUAAAAAACAAAACAUACGUGUGACUGUAUUGUAGUCCUCAAAGGAGAGGAGCGAUCAUGCACUCGUCAUCUUCCAGCUCAUUUGGACCUUUUUUGUGAGGCACACAAACUGGCCGUGACGCUCCUGCUUCCACCUCAUCCUUCUUGCAUUUCUUCCUCCAAUCCACCAGGCUGUGCUGUUUCACUACACGUCACCACAUCUGCACACACUUGACCAGAUCAGCGCAGUCAUUGCACCUUAAUGGAUGUUUUUAAACAUGCACUUAAUAGGCAACUGUUGAGGGAGUUACUCCGAGGACAUGAUAAUCUGGAUGUUCUUAAUAUUGUGAUGCUGGUUUCUUAGAUUUGGGUGAUGAUGAUGAUGAUGACGACGCCCAGUACAGACGCUAAACUGUGAGGUACAAUCACCUGUGGGAAACCCCUUUGACUUCUCCCUUUGUACAAAAAACUGUGUUUGUACGUUUUAGAAAAAACAGUGGAGUAUCAUUUUUAUGUUAAAAUAAAUUUUCUAAAUUUA